GCGGGGCGCGCGAGGCUGCCGUUGAGGGACCGUUGGGGCGGGCGGCGGCGGCGGCGGCGCGCGCUGCGGGCAAAGAGUGUGGAGGCGCGGACGCGCGGCGGAGCUCGAGCUGCUGCAGCUGCUGCCGCCGCCAGAGUAACCUCGAUCCCCGAGCUCCGGACACCCGGUGCCUCGCCAUGGCUGACCAGCUGACUGAAGAACAGAUUGCAGAGUUCAAGGAAGCCUUCUCCCUCUUUGACAAGGAUGGAGAUGGCACCAUUACCACCAAGGAGCUGGGGACUGUGAUGAGAUCGCUGGGGCAGAACCCUACUGAGGCUGAACUGCAGGACAUGAUCAAUGAGGUGGACGCAGACGGCAAUGGGACCAUUGACUUCCCAGAGUUCCUGACCAUGAUGGCUAGAAAGAUGAAGGAUACAGACAGUGAGGAGGAGAUCCGAGAGGCCUUCCGUGUCUUUGACAAGGAUGGGAAUGGCUAUAUCAGUGCCGCUGAGCUGCGUCACGUCAUGACGAACCUGGGGGAGAAGCUGACGGAUGAGGAAGUGGACGAAAUGAUCCGAGAGGCUGACAUUGAUGGAGAUGGCCAGGUCAAUUAUGAAGAGUUUGUACAGAUGAUGACUGCGAAGUGAAGGCCCGGGCAGCUGGCCAUGCCCGUUCUCCUGAUCUCUUCUCGCGCUCUCCUCUCUUCAACACUCCCCUGCGUACCCGGUUCUAGCAAACACCAAUUGAUUGACUGAGAAUCUGAUAAAGCAACAAAAGAUUUGUCCCAA